AAGUACUUACCUUGGAAUUCGUGUCAGUAAAAUUCAAAAUGGCAGCCAUCAGUGGACUAAGAGCAAUACGCUCUGUACAACUAAGGCCAGCUAUGGCAUUAAUGAAGUUUCAGACACGAGAUGCAACCUCGGCAGCAACAGCUGAUGAACCUCGUAAUAAAACAUUUUCCAUCUAUCGCUGGAACCCAGACAAGCCAGGUGAUAAGCCAACAAUGCAAGACUAUCAAGUGAAUCUGAAUGACUGUGGUCCUAUGGUCCUGGAUGCUCUUAUCAAAAUCAAGAAUGAAAUAGAUCCAACACUAACCUUCAGACGAUCAUGCAGAGAGGGUAUUUGUGGUUCCUGUGCCAUGAAUAUUGGUGGAAGCAACACUUUGGCCUGCAUUCAGCGUAUAGACCCCAGGACUGACAAGAAGACCAAGAUAUACCCAUUACCACACAUGUAUGUGGUCAAAGACUUGGUUCCUGACAUGCAAAACUUUUAUGAUCAAUAUACCUCCAUCAAGCCAUACUUGAUGAAGAAAGAAAAGGUUGAGUAUGGAAAAGAGCAGUACUUACAGUCCAUUGCUGACAGAAAGAAACUGGAUGGUCUAUAUGAGUGCAUUAUGUGUGCCUGUUGUAGCACAUCUUGCCCUAGUUACUGGUGGAAUGGAGACAAAUAUCUAGGACCAGCGGUUCUUCAACAGGCCUAUCGAUGGAUCUUGGACAGCAGGGAUGACUAUGCCGAAGAGAGAUUAGCAGAACUUGGCUCUGAUAACUACAAAGUCUAUCGCUGCCACACCAUCAUGAAUUGUACUAAAGCCUGUCCCAAGGGUUUAAAUCCAGGACAGUCAAUAGCUGAGAUCAAAAAGAUGAUAGCCACACUGAAAUCUAACAAGAAGGCUGCUGCACAAGCAUAAUGCAGACAAAUGACCUAGUCACACUAGACCUAAAUUUAAAGCUUCAAAUGUUAUCAAUGGUAGUGCCAGUUGUGGUGCAUAAUUUUAUCGUUGUUAAUUACUAGUACAUAACAGAUAUAUUAUUUUGUGCAAUGAAUUUAAUGCAUUAGGAUAGUCUUCCUUUGUAUAUUUUAAAUUUGUGAUGUAGCAUUCUUAUUAAGCCCAAAUUUUUUCUAAAGAUGAAAAUUUAGUAGUUACUGAUUCAGCGAAAUGUUCACUAGACCGCAACUUGGUGUAAGGUUAAUAAUAUAUAGAGUGAUCUUUUUAAAGUUACUCUAAAUCUUCAUUCUGUUUUUGUUGGAGGUCAAUUGUUUUUUUGUUUAUCAGUUUCAUUAUGGAUUGCCUCAGCUUAGCAAAUAAUGUAAAUUUUAACAACAUUUUGGAGUA